CAGAUGACUUAGAGUAUAGGAAGGCGUUCUUAGAUAUAUACCGACUGUUCGAUGGGAGCCAGAAACGACAGGCAGAGAUAUAUGAUUCCCUCAGGACGGAUUUCAGUACCAAGCCGCAGAUGUGGGACUUACUGGCCAGACGUGAGUUUGUAAGCUGCGGCUUCUCCGAUGACAAAGAAGGUCAAAGCAAAGCUGUGGAGGUGUACAAAGAAGGACUCGCGCGCACCCACGACAAGCCGACGAUGUAUACACUCUACAUCGCCUUUCUAUACGAGCAGGCCGAUUUAGCUGCGGUCAAGGACGUGUGCCGGCGUUCGUAUCAGGACAAAAAGAAGAAAGGGGUGACACAGGUGGACGUGUAUGUCAUGUGGGUCAACGCGGCCCUACGCACGCGUAAGGCGGUAGAGAAAAAGGGCUAUGAAGGGUCUCUGCGUGAUCCGCUGGUGAUCAUGCGCUGUGCAUGUGAGGAGCAUCCCAGCUCAGUGGAGGUGUGGGCCUGGCGAGUGCGGGUGGUCAAGACAUUGAUGAAGGAGAAGCACGGCGGCGACGUUGUACAAGUGCUUGCGGCCAUGACAGAGCUCUACGAGCAGGCUUUGAAGCAGGUCUCCAAGGCCACUGGGGUGUGGGUGGACUAUCUCAGCUGUCUUCUGGCCGCGGAGAAGCUAGGCGAGUGCGACGACGUAUUCGCGUGCGCACUGUUGGCGCUGCCGUGCAGCUCAGAAAGGGAUACCAUGAUAGUCCAACAUUGCACGGACGCCUACAGCACCAGUAUCCCUGCCGGUAGGAGUGUCCUGCGAGCCUUAAAGACACACCGCGUAAGCAUGGCCUGUGCCCAGUUACAACGUUGUAUUCGCCUGGAGGUGGCGUGUCUAUCCUCUGAUCGCGACUUUGUGGUUGAGAUGUACGAGUUUGCUGUGUCGCUGAAUCCGGUAUCGGCGGGUCCAUGGCUGAGUUAUCUAGGUGCUCUGUAUUCUUAUAAAAGAUUUGAUCUGGCCGCAAAGAUACACGCACGAGCGGGCAGGGCUGUUGGUGAUGUGGGAGAAUUUGAGGCGUCCAGUACACAACUUAUCAAGUCACUCAGCUGAGGCAGUCGAUCACUUUAUGAUUAAUUAAAGCAAACUUCCUAUCCU